AUGGGUAUGUCUUUAGCCCUAGCUCUGUUUUCGUCUUUACGAUGGAAGAAGAAGAGGUCUCCAAAGUCGACAAGAAGAGUAAGAGGAAUAAAAAGACUACGAAGAGGAGACGAUUUGGUAGCUCCAGAGAUUCCUUUCGAGCUCCAGAUCUUUAGCAACCUUCAUCGUACGGUCACACCACCAACCCGAUCACCUUGUCUAUACAUGAGUUUGGUGGAGCACUUCGACUGUGAUUCAAUGGAGGUCUGUCACAACCCCGGAAAGUCGGUGUUGAUAUCAUUAUCAUCAUCGUCUAGUAAUGGUUCUUUGUCUUUCGAUCCAGAUUUGACCAUGCCAGGUAUAGGAGGACACGACAUGUUUGCUCUCCGCGGCUUGAUUCUAUACAAGGUUUGCAGAAAGGCGUGUAUCUAUAAUCCCACCACCAGACAAAGCUUAACUUUACCCGCCGUUGAAUCCAACAUCUUUGCUCGAGAAGAACCUGGUAAGUAUGUCAACUACUUUCUCGGACACGAUCCUGUUCUUGAUCAAUACAAAGUAGUUUGCAUUGUUGUGAUAUGCUCAGAAGAUUUCGAGUUGUUCACAUCGGAGCAUUGGGUAUUCGUACUAUAG